ACCUAUCAGAGUCCUGGUGACUGGAGCUGCGGGGCAGAUCGCUUACUCACUGCUCUACAGCAUUGCCAAGGGAGAUGUCUUUGGCAAAGAACAGCCUCUUGUUCUUGUGCUGCUGGAUAUCACCCCCAUGAUGACAGUACUGGAAGGUGUAGUGAUGGAGCUGCAGGACUGUGCUCUUCCACUGCUGAGAGAGGUCAUUCCAACAGACAAGGAAGAAGUUGCAUUCAAAGACCUUGACAUAGCAAUUCUGGUCGGCUCCAUGCCAAGGAGAGAGGGCAUGGAGAGGAAGGAUUUACUCAAAGCAAACGUGAAGAUUUUCAAGUCUCAGGGUGCAGCCUUGGACAAGUAUGCCAAAAAGACUGUCAAGGUUGUGGUAGUUGGGAAUCCAGCAAAUACUAACUGCCUGAUUGCAUCGAAGUCAGCCCCAUCAAUACCAAAGGAAAACUUCAGCUGCUUAACUCGUUUGGAUCACAACAGAGCUAAAUCUCAGAUUGCUCUGAAACUUGGUGUGACUGCUAAUGAUGUGAAGAAUGUCAUCAUCUGGGGCAACCACUCCUCCACUCAAUAUCCAGAUGUCAACCACGCGAAGGUAAAUGUGAAAGGGAAGGAAGUUGGAGUUUAUGAAGCUAUAAAAGAUGACAGCUGGCUGAAGGGAGACUUUAUCCUGACUGUUCAGCAGCGUGGAGCAGCCGUUAUUAAGGCUAGGAAGCUGUCCAGUGCAAUGUCAGCUGCCAAAGCUAUCUGUGAUCACGUGAGGGACAUCUGGUUUGGCACUCCAGCGGGGGAAUUUGUUUCCAUGGGAGUAAUUUCUGAUGGCAAUUCCUAUGGUGUCCCUGAAGACUUGCUAUACUCAUUCCCUGUUGUGAUCAAGGACAAGACCUGGAAGUUUGUUGAGGGUCUUCCUAUUAAUGAUUUUUCUCGUGAGAAGAUGGAUCUGACAGCCAAGGAGUUAACUGAAGAGAAGGAGACUGCUGUAGAAUUCCUCUCCAGUGCGUGACUAGGUGUUGAGGAAACACAAAAUCAUUUAAGAGUGGAAGAAUCUAGAAGUCGUCUCUAAGUCUGCUACCAAACACUAUUACUGUAUUCAAGUGAACUGUCUGUGGCAAUUGUGCAUUUUCGAGUUCAUAUGCUUACCGGUACUGUUAUGCCUAUUGAGUUAUUAGCAAAAAGAUUAAGGAAGUAUAACUAGUUUGGUCAACAAAUUUUGUCCGUUCAAGACUAGUUGCUUUCUGUGUAUGAUACAGAGUAAUUGUUUGCCUUGGCUACUAACGCACAAUCUGAGUUUUGAUUAGAAUUUGGCACUAUUGGAACGUGUCCUAGUUGGAGCAUCCUGUGGCUCAACUGAAAUAUUAGAAUGCCAGUAGUUCUCCUUGAACCGAUUGUUCAGUGACUCACGUCUUCACUCUGGUUAUGCUUACAAUGUUUGUCAAUAGAAAUAUUAAAAUAUGCUUAAUCA